CAACAAAUAUCCCUGCGCUAGGUGUUCCCCUUGCCUGCAGUAAGGGCCGCCGCUUCGAGUCCCCGUCCCGGCGAGCCCAGGUGCCUUCUCCAAGAGGAGCAGCAGGAGGGAGACAUGGCCACAAGAUUGCUGCCAGCCCAGGCUCUGGAGUCUGUGACAUUCAGGGAUGUGGCUGUGUUCUUCAGCCGAGAUGAGUGGUUGCAUCUGGACUCUGCGCAGAGAACCUUGUACCAGGAGGUGAUGCUGGAGAACUACAGCACUCUGUUCUCGCUGGGGAUUCUGUUUUCCAAACCAAAAGUUAUCCUCCAGUUAGAGCAAGGGGAAGACCCCUGGAUGGUGGAAAAUGGAGUUUCUCAAAGCACAUGUCUAGGAUGGGAGAGCUUGUUUGAAACCACAGUUUCUGAAGAAGAAAAUCAGGAAGUAAUGAAUCAACUCAUAGGUGAUGGUCCUUUUGACUUCAAGUUGGGAGAAAUCUACAUAAAUGAGGAAAAACUAGAGAAUCAGCAAGGCAAAAAGAACAGACCUUUGAGGGAAGUCUUAGUUACCAUCAAGAAAACCUGUAUGAAGGAGAAGAGCUUUACAGGUAUUGACCUUGGGAAAAAUCUUGAUCUAAAAUUAUCACUUAUUAGAAAACCCAGAAUUGUUUCGAGAGGAAGGAAACCCUGUUCACAGCAGUAUUCAAUUCUAUUUAAACAGCUGGGAAUCAACACAGUGCGUAAGUGUUACAAGUGUAGUAUCUGCGGGAAAAUCUUCCUCCACAGUUCUUCUCUGAGUAAACAUCAGAGAAUCCAUACUGGAGAGAAGCUCUAUAAAUGUAAGGAAUGUAGGAAAGCUUUUAGCCAAAGCUCAUCUCUAACUCAGCACCUGAGAGUUCAUACUGGAGAGAAGCCUUAUAUAUGUAGUGAAUGUGGAAAAGCCUUCAGUUUCACUACAUCUCUCAUUGGACAUCAGAGAAUGCAUACUGGAGAGAGACCCUAUAAAUGUAAUGAAUGUGGAAAAACAUUUAAAGGUAGUUCAUCCCUUAAUAAUCACCAGCGAAUUCAUACUGGAGAAAAGCCCUAUAAGUGUAAUGAAUGUGGGAGAGCCUUUAGCCAGUGCUCAUCGCUUAUUCAGCAUCAUAGAAUUCAUACUGGAGAGAAACCGUAUGAAUGCAGUCAGUGUGGGAAAGCCUUUACUUCAAUAUCGCGGCUAAGUAGACACCAUAGAAUUCAUACUGGAGAGAAACCCUUUAAUUGUAAUGAGUGUGGGAAAGUAUUUAGUUACCACUCAGCUCUUAUUAUACAUCAGAGAAUUCACACUGGUGAGAAACCUUAUGCCUGUAAAGAAUGUGGGAAAGCCUUCAGCCAAAGCUCAGCUCUUAUACAACAUCAAAGAAUUCAUACUGGAGAAAAACCUUACAAAUGUAAUGAAUGUGGGAAAGCUUUCUCCUGGAUUUCACGGCUUAAUAUACACAACAGAAUCCAUACUGGAGAGAAACCAUAUAACUGUAAGGAAUGUGGAAAAGCCUUCAGUUCCCACUCAGCAGUUAAUACUCAUCGAAAAAUUCAUACUGGAGAGAAACCUUAUAAAUGUAAUGACUGUGAAAAAGCCUUCAACCAAAGCUCAGCUCUCAUUCAGCACCAGAGAAUUCAUACUGGAGAGAAACCAUAUAACUGUAAAGUAUGUGGGAAAGCCUUUAGACAGAGUUCAUCCCUUAUGACACAUAUGAGAAUUCAUACAGGAGAAAAGCCUUAUAAAUGUAAAGAAUGUGGGAAAGCUUUCAGUCAGAGCUCAUCCCUUACAAAUCAUCAGAGGACUCAUACUGGAGAAAAAUGUGCGGGCCGGGCGGGGACGCGCGCGGGGGCACCAGGGAGACGCUACGGGCGGGUGGGUCUGGAGGCUGUCUACAAGGCCCGAGCCACGGUGCUUCGAGGGCGUCGCUUCCUCCCUCCCGACCCCCCCUACCCCACAGACUCGCGGGGAGGGAGCGCCCCUUCCAGACCUACCUUGUCAAGCACUCUGCUCUCCCUUGACAGGAAAACUAAGAAGGAAAGAAUGGCUGUGGAUUUGCUGCCUGCUCAGGUGACAGAGUCAGUGACGUUUAGGGAUAUAGCUGUGCUCUUCAGCCGGAACGAGUGGUUGCACCUGGACUCUGCCCAGAGAACCUUGUACCGGGAGGUGAUGCUGGAGAACUACAGCACCCUGGUCUCGCUGGGGAUUCCAUUUUCAAUGCCAAAGUUGAUCUGCCAGCUGCAACAUGGAGAAGAUCCCUGUAUGGUGGAAAGAGAAAUCCCUCAAGAUAUCUGCCUAGGUUUCAAGACGUGGCCUGAAAUAGAAGCACUGCCUCCCGAAGAGGACAUUUCUAUAGAAGAAACAUCUCAGGGAAUAAUAAAGAAAAAAUCCAUUAAGUUUGGUCACUUGGAUGUCACGUUUGGAGAAGCUUUGGAAUUUGAGGGCAGGAGACAGCAAGAGCAACAGAAGAAAUCUCUCAGGCAAAUGAUGGCCUCACACAAAAAAACCAUCAGUGAAGCUGGAAACCAGACAAGUCUUGAAUUAGGGAAAGGCUUAUUUAUAAAUACAGUUCUUGUUAGACAACAAAGUGCUCCUAUAGAAAGGAUACCCAAUAUAUAUUAUACUUUUGGGGAAGAUUUUAAACAGAAUUUUGAUCUAAUGAGAUGUUUCCAGAUUUACCCAGGAGAAAAAGCUCAUAUUUACAAUGAAUGUGGAAAAAGCUUCAACCAGAGUCUACAUCUUAUUGAACACCAGAGAAUUCAUACUGGUGAGAAACCUUACAAAUGUAAUGAGUGUGGGAAAACCUUCAGCCACAGAUCAUCCCUUCUUGCCCAUCAGAGAAUUCAUACUGGAGAGAAACCUUACAAAUGUAAUGAAUGUGAGAAAGCAUUUAGCAGUAGUUCAACCCUUAUCAAACAUCUGAGAGUGCAUACUGGAGAGAAACCCUAUCAAUGCAAGGAAUGUGGUAAAGCCUUUAGCCAGUGUUCAACCCUCACUGUACAUCAGAGAAUUCAUACUGGCGAGAAACUCUAUAAAUGUGGAGAAUGUGAGAAGGCCUUCAAUUGUAGAGCAAAACUUCAUAGACAUCAAAGAAUCCAUACCGGUGAGAAACCCUAUAAAUGUAGUGAAUGUGGGAAAAGUUACAGCCAGUUUACAUCCCUGGCUGAACAUCAGAGGCUUCAUACUGGAGAACAACUGUGUAAAUGCUUGGAAUGUGGGAGAAACUUCACUCGCAUCUCAACCCUUAUUGAACAUCAGCGGAUUCAUACUGGACAAAAACCAUAUCAAUGUAAUGAAUGUGGGAAAGCCUUCAACCAGUAUUCAUCCUUUAAUGAGCAUCAGAAAAUUCAUACUGGGGAAAAACUUUACACAUGUGGAGAAUGUGGGAAAGCCCUUGGUUGCAAAUCUAACCUUUAUAGGCAUCAGAGAAUUCAUACUGGAGAGAAACCCUAUCAGUGUAAUCAGUGUGGAAAAGCUUUCAGCCAGUAUUCAUUCCUAACUGAACAUGAGAGAAUCCAUACUGGAGAGAAACUCUAUAAAUGUAUGGAAUGUGGGAAAGCCUACAGUUACAGAUCAAACCUUUGUAGACACAAAAAAGUUCACAAUAAAGAAAAACUCUAUAAAUGGAAGGAAUAUGGGAUCAGAGAAUUUCUUAGAGGAGAUAAGCCUUGUGAGGUUUAA